UCUGACACUCAGCCAAUGGCUGUGCGGCUACUCUUAAAAAAAAAGACAUCCAACACGUUGGUAAACACGUUGUGGCCGCUCCAUUCAGUACUCCAUUAUUUAUAUUCAUCCAAUUGAUUAAACAAUCAAGUGAUAAAGCAUGGUUGACAGCGACGACGAAGUCCCCCAAUUGAGUGCGUCUACCCUCGCAGCCCUCCAGGAAUAUUACACAGAGUGUCAAGAAAGAGAAGACCAAAUGAAAAAGAUAAUGAAUAACGAUCGAGUAAACAAUGGGCAAGAAGAAAUUGACAAUGUCACCUUUGGCGAGGACUGGCAACUGAGUCAAUUUUGGUACGACGAUGAGACAGUAAAUACUUUAGUUAAGGGUGCAAUACGAGCUACAGGAGUUGAUGGGAAAAUCGGGCUUAUAUCGUGUCCGACGUUGUAUAAAUCAUUGAAGAGAAAUGCUGGAGAUAGGACGGUGACAUUAUUCGAGUAUGAUACGAGAUUCUCAAUAUUUGUAAAAGAUUUUGUGCGAUACGAUUAUAAAUCACCACUGAAUCUACCUCGAGAUAUGUCGAGUAUGUACGAUCUCGUAAUAGCAGAUCCUCCAUUUUUAUCUGAAGAAUGUUUAACAAAGACUGCAGUUACCAUGAAAUUUUUAACCAAGAAAAAUAUGGUACUCUGUACAGGUGCUGUCAUGGAGGAUUUAGCUGGAAGACUCCUAGAUCUCCGAAAAUGUAAAUUCGAGCCACACCACAAAAAUAAUUUAGCCAAUGAAUUUUAUUGUUAUUCUAAUUUUCAUUUUGAUAAACUGUUGGAAUGAUUA